CUGCAUUCUCCCUAAGCACCUAGGUUAAGGGAACAGGAGGGUAGGUGUCCCUACUGCGGCUCAAGUCCUGGCUCAUGGCUUAAUCCCUGACUCCUAAAGUCUGACCUUUACUUGCCCUCUCUGACUCUGCUCCUCUCCCAGCAGCCCAGCAGCCCAGCCCCCCUACUCCAUGAGGAGGGACAACCUGACCUGGGAAAGUGAGUUUGUCUUCCUGGGGCUCUCCAGCAACAGGCAGACCCAGGCUGGACUCUUUGUCCUGUUUGCGGCCGCCUAUCUGCUGACCCUGCUGGGCAACGGGCUCAUCAUCCUCCUGAUCGGACUGGACGCGCGGCUGCACCUGCCCAUGUACUUCUUCCUCUGCAACCUCUCAGUGGUGGACAUCUGCUACACCUCUAGUGGGGUCCCCCAGAUGCUGGUGCACUUCCUCCUGGAGAAGAAGACCAUCUCCUUCACCCGAUGUGGGACUCAGCUCUUCUUCUCACUGGCCCUGGGGGGUACCGAGUUCCUGCUGCUGGCCGCUAUGGCCUAUGACCGCUACGUGGCUGUCUGUGACCCCCUGCGCUACGUGGCAGUGAUGAGCCCGAGGUGCUGCACAGGCCUGGCAGCUGUCUCUUGGCUUGUAGGCCUGGUGAAUUCUACAGUGGAGACGGUGGUCACCAUGCGUCUGCCUACCUGUGGGCACCACGUGCUGAACCAUGUGGCCUGUGAGACGCUGGCACUCGUCCGCCUGGCCUGCGUGGACAUCACCCUCAACCAGGUGGUCAUACUGGCCUCCAGCGUGGUGGUGCUGCUGGUGCCAUGCUGCCUCGUCUCACUGUCCUAUACCUACAUCGUGGCAGCCAUCCUGCGGAUCCGCUCCACUGGGGGACGCCGCAAGGCCUUCGGGACCUGUGCCUCCCACCUCACCGUGGUCUCCAUGUCUUACGGGAUGGCCCUGGUCACCUACAUGCAGCCCCACUCCACAGCCUCAGCCGAGCAGGACAAGGUGGUGACGCUCUUUUAUGCUGUGAUGACCCCCAUGUUGAAUCCGCUCAUCUACAGUCUACGGAACAACGAGAUGAAAGCUGCUCUGAGUCGAGUUCUGAUGAGGAGUUCUGAAUCAAAACUUUAGCACGCAGCUUUGUCAUAAGAGGCCUCACUCGGAAGCCCGUGGACCUUG